CCUGCUGCGCACCCGCGGCGUUAUGGGAGACCACCAGAGCGCAGACCCAAUCGAGACCUGCUACUCACAAGCGAGUCCGAAACUUCAGACCAAGGCCACACAAGUGCUUCCUCCACUGAUGAUCAUUUUUUAGGAGGGAGAGGGAGAGGGAGAGGGAGAGGCCAACGAGGAAAAAGACGCGGAGGGGGCAACGGAAGCCGAGAUCCAAAUCGAGUGACCCGCAGUCUACAUCGGAACAUACGGUGAUAAACAUUUCAGAUUAUCCUCUUACGACUACACAAACAAGAGUGUUGAGUCGGGGACUCUCCUUUGUUCCUACAAAUAAAUUGAAUGCCUUCAACAUCCAGGUUGACCAGUUUAAGUUUUUAAGACAAUUGCAUUUGAAACAUUUUUUUCAUGAUAAACCUGCUACUGUUGUUGGUACUAGGAAUGUGGUUUUAGAUUCCUUGAAUAAAUUAAAGAAAAAGUCUACAUUCAUGCCGCCAGGUAGCCAGAAUCCUACUUUGGUCACUUUUGGUAAACUUGUGGAAAGAGAUAUUAAUGCAUUAACCAAGAAAUCAGGCAAACACAACACGAAAUGGAAUCUUACUAAAGUGGAAAGAAAGGCACUGGAUGAAUUAAAGGACAAUACUGAUAUAGUUGUGAAAUCUGCAGAUAAGGGUGGAGCUAUUAUAGUUCAAAAUGCUAAAGACUAUGCUGCUGAAGCUCUGCGACAACUGAAUAAUGAUUAUUUUUAUCAGCAUUUGUCAAGAAACCCUUUGGAUGAAUUCAUAAAAGAAAGAGACAUGUUACUUGAUAAUGCCAUUGAAAAUAAGUGGUUGUCCAAGAACCAAUAUGAAUUUUUGAGAGUUCUUCAUCCUGUCACACCUGUGUUUUACUUACUGCCUAAGGUCCACAAAAGGUUACAGAACCCUCCUGGUAGACCAAUUGUUGCCAGUAAAAAUUCCCUAACUGAACCUCUGAGUCAAUUUGUGGAUGUUGUCAUCAAAGAUAUUGUUAAAACACUCCCUAGCUACAUUUCUGAUACCAGGGAUGUGCUUAAGUUAUUGUCUAACAUCACCAUCCCUGAUAAUGUUUAUCUGGUUACAUUUGAUGUGGAGAGUUUGUACACAAACAUCCCCCAUGAAGGUGGUCUGGAAGCCAUGGCCCACUACCUUGAAUCACAGGAUGAUGGCCUGCCUACUGAACUUCUAUUAAACAUGACCAGGUUUAUUCUGAAAUCAAAUUAUUUCCUCUUUAAUAACAAAUAUUUCUUACAGGUUCAAGGCACAAGUAUGGGUUCCCCAUUUGCACCCAACUAUGCAAAUUUAUUUAUGGGGCUAUGGGAGGAGAAGCAUAUAUUUAACAAUAAUCCCUUUAAAGAUAACCUCUUAAUAUUUAAACGUUUUAUUGACGAUAUUCUAUUGGUUUUUACGGGCUCUGAACAUGACUUAAGCCUUUUUAAUAAAUACAUCAAUGACACACAUCCUAAUUUAAAAUUUACCAUGGAGUACAGCUCUACCAAAAUUCAUUUUCUUGAUCUUGAAAUUACUCUCCAUAACAACAUGCUUGAAACCUCAAUCUACAGGAAGGAGACUGACAGAAAUACGAUCCUUCAUGCGUCCAGUUUCCACCCUGACCAUAUUGUAAAAAAUAUCCCAUAUGGUCAGUUUGUAAGACUAAAGAGAAUCUGCAGUAAUGAUGAGGAUUUUGAGGUGAAAGCUAAUGACAUGGCAAAACGUUUCAGAGACAGAGGGUAUGAUGAAACUGUGAUUGACCAGGCGAGGGGGAGGGCCUCCCACAAAAAUAGGAGUGAAUUAUUGAAUCCGGCUCCCAAGACGUCUGAUAGUGUCGUCACUUUUGUGAAAAGAAUUAUAAAUAAACAUUGGAAACUCCUGAAAUGCGACCCGAGUCUGAAUCACCUACCUGACAAACCCAGAUUCUGCUUUAAACGGGGAAAAAACAUCAAAGACCUUGUGGUCAGUUCCAUGUACCAAGAAGUACCUACUCCCAGUACAACCAGCUGGCUGUCCAAACCUCUUUUUGGUAACUAUAGGUGUGGAAAGUGUGCUCACUGCUCCAACACAGUGGACACUAAAACCUUCACCCACCCUCACACAGGCGAGAAGUACAACAUUAAGCAAUUUAUCAAUUGUGUCUCUACCCAUGUAGUUUACAUGCUAAAAUGCCCUUGUGGCCUUAUGUAUAUCGGUCAAACAAAGAGGAACUUAAAAUUAAGAAUCGCCGAACAUAAAGCCUCCAUUAGAAAUGGCAAUAUGGAGUAUGCAAUAGCCAGACACUACAAGGACCGAAACCAUGGCUCUGCUACAACUUUAAGGUUUGUGGGUAUUGAGAGGGUGAUGCCAAAUCCAAGAGGUGGAGAUCUGAUAAAACAACUGUUAAAAAGAGAAGCACACUGGAUACACAAAUUGAAUACUGUUGAACCUCAUGGAUUAAAUGAGAAGCAGGAGUUGAGUGUUUUUUUGUGAAUUGAAUGUGUAUUUAGAUUUUGUACAAGCUGAUGAAUUGUAUUAUGAAGUGGAAUGUUACUGAUGAUAUUUGACUUACAUUUCUAAUAUAGAUGUCUUGAAGACAUGAUGCUAUGUCUUAACUCUGUGGGAUUUAUUUUUCUAGGCCUAUCUGAGUUAAUUUUACUGGAUUUGUGUAAUAUUGAUGAAUAUGCAACAUUAUGACUAUUUUCUGUGGUAUUUAUUGACCUAUCUGAAUGUAACUGAUGGAAUUGUGUUACCUUUGUAUAUAGCCUUUGCAUGGGGACAUCAAUGUGAAAAAUAUUGUUGUGAUGGCCUGCAUGGACUGAUCAUGUUUUACCUACUUUACGCACCUGUGGGGAUGGGUUUUGAGACUAUGCACAAGAUUGGUAGCAAAGAAUCAUGUGAUCAUUUGGCACUUUAUUUGUACACCUGGGUAAUGGGGGUUUGGCAUAGAGCGAACCUGAUGACGCAUUGGGCGAAACGCGUUGUUCGCUCCAAGAAAUAAAGUUAAGAAAAGUAAGCAG